UGGCCCGCGCUGGCGACGUCAGGCCCUGGCGAGCCGCGCGGAGCCGGUGCGCGUGCGUCGCCCGCCUGCCCCCUCCCCGCCCGGCGCUGCUCGGGCUGGGCUCGCGCACCGCGGGGAGCCGCCGGCCACCGGAGCGCAGGCACAGUUGGCACCCCUUGGUACUGCAGGAGCCCUGCUGGGGCUGAGUCAGAGGGGCAAGCCUGUGGUCCCCAGCGACCUAUGGGAAAAUGGCCCCCGUGGCUCUCGUACUGCUGCUGCUGCUGCUGCUGUUGCCACAGCCGCUGUCGCCCCCGGCACGCGCGGAUGCCUGCCCUGCUGCCUGUCGCUGCUACAGCACUACGAUAGAGUGUGGCGCCCUGCAACUACAUGGGGUCCCACCCGGGAUCCCAGCUGGGACGCAGACGCUGUUCCUGCAGGACAACAGCAUCGUGCGCCUGGAGGCGGGUGCCCUGGCUCCGCUCACAGCCCUGCGCCGCCUCUACCUGCACAACAACAGCCUGCGUGCCCUUGAGGUGGGCGCUUUCCGCGCACAGCCCCACCUGCUGGAGCUGGCACUCACCCGGAACCGGCUCCGCGGUCUGCGGGGCGGCGCCUUCGUCGGCCUGGCCCAGCUCCGCGUGCUGUACCUGGCCGGCAACCAGCUGACACGGCUGCUGGACUUCACUUUCCUGCAUGUGCCGCGGCUGCAGGAGCUGCACCUCCAAGACAACAGCCUGGAGCUGCUGGAGGAGCAGGCCCUGGAGGGGCUCUCCUCUCUGGCGCUACUGGACCUCAGCAGGAACCAGCUGGGCACCAUUAGCCGGGAGACGCUGCAGCCCCUAGCAAGCCUUCAGGUCCUGCGCCUCACAGAGAAUCCUUGGCGCUGCGACUGCGCCUUGCACUGGCUGGGCGCCUGGAUCAAGGAGGGUGGCCAGCGGCUGCUGGGUGCCAGAGGCAGGAGGAUCACGUGUGCCGAGCCGCCCCGCCUGGCACUGCAGAGUCUGCUGGACGUGUCGGGCAGCAGCCUUGUGUGCAUCCCGCCCUCUGUGCACGUGGAGCCCCCGGAGCUCACAGCCAACCUGGGCGACGACCUGCGGGUGGCCUGCCGGGCCUCCGGCUACCCGCAGCCCCUGGUCACCUGGCGGAAGGCGCCACUGCCGCGGGACAGCAGGCCGCGGGUGCGGGCCCAGUGGGAGGGCGCGGCGCCGGGCCCCCCUGAGCCCGCGGCGGCCGACACGGGCAGUGGCAUGCUCUUCCUGAGCAACGUCACGCUGGCGCACGCGGGCCGGUACGAGUGCGAAGCGGCCAACGCCGGAGGUGCCGCCCGCGUGCCCUUCCGCCUGUUGGUCAACGCGUCCCGGGCCAGGCCCACCAUCCCCGUGCCCUUGCCCGCGCACCCGGACGGUGGCGAGCCGCAGCCUGAGCCGGGGAGCCUAGCCUUCCGCGCCCUGGGCCUGGCCACGCAGACGGCCGUGGCGGCGGCCAUCGCGCUCCUGGCGCUCACCGCGCUGCUGCUGGCUGCCAUGAUCUGCCGCCGGCGCCGGCGCCGCAAAAAAGGCUGCGUGCCACCGGGUGAGGGCGUGCUGUUCGCCAACGACUACUCGGACGGGCCCUGCACCUCGGCGCAGCUGGAGGAGCUCCGUGGUGAGCGCGGGCACGCCAUGUUCGUCAUCAACCGCUCCAAGCCACUGCUCACCGAGGGCCCAGCCGAGGGAUUGCACCCAACACCGCACAGAGCCUACGAGAUCCAUUGCUGAGCACCACACAGCCCUGGCGUCCACCAACAACCUGCUUGUGGGGCACUGGCCGGCGUGGCCUCACGCGAG